CAUGGAAACGCACCAAGCACUGAACGCUGACCUGAGUUUGUUAGCUAGCCUUAUCUGAUAAGGCUCUGAGUGACUUUUUGGGUUAUUUAAUAUCUAAUAAGAGACACGCUUUCUCUCUGCGGGGGUGUAAAUAUGUCGCAAAGGACAUACAACCAGCUGUGGGCAGCUGCCCAAUCAGAGCUGAGCCGUCUGCUAGCUGAAGAACUCCUAGACAAGCCCCCACGCCCUGAAAAGGACAGAGUAGUUUUCUUCCAACGUCUGGCCAUGCUUUUUGUACGCUACAUCCAAAUCUUCAGACAACUGGAGAAGUGUUAUGACCAGAUGGUCCACCCUCAGAAGAGAAGAUUUAUUCGUUCAGUUCUUGACAGUGUAAUGGGGAGGGUGUUAGAACUUAAACAUGAAAUGGUGGAAAAAGAGUUUUCAGAGUACCACUAUAUGGAUGAUCUCCUUCAGGAUUUGAAGCUCACACCUGUCGACCUCGAGGUUCCCAUUCCUCGCUAUUUUCUCAGUGAAUGUAGCAAAGAAGUACAAGAAAGAAAGGCAAUGCUGGCUGACAUUUUUAAAAUGGUGGAGGUUACUGAAACUCCUAAUCCUCUAAUGGCCAAGAAGAUGAGUCAAGAGGAGGCCGUGAAGAUUAUUCAAGUGGCAGAGAGGGCACGGCAAGGACGUAAAAGGGCAGAGCUCAAGAUGAAAAUCUUAAAUAUGAACUGGAUAGACAGGCUCAAGGAACCUGGAGCAGAAAGUCUUGAAUUAGCUGCAAUGUGCAUCCAGAAGGUGUGGAGGGGCUACAUACAGAGGAAGAGGGCAAAAAUUGCCAGAGAGGAACAAAUGAUUAGUCUGGAAAUGAUUAUGGCUCCAAAAUAUCAGGUUCCACUCCCUGCAGAAAUCACUGCCCAGGCCAUUGAAGCUUCCACACGAGUAAAACAGGUGGCGUAUGAGGAAGCUUACCAAAAGGCUAUAGUGGAUGUGACUAAUCAACUACGAGAAAUAGAGGGUGAUGACAUGAGCAACCGCACGAAGGCACAAAUUCAGCAAUGGUUCAUCGAAUGUUGUAAUGCUACAGGAGCAUUUCCAGACUACCCAGAAGAAGAAGAUGGAGGUUCUGCCCUAAUUUUUGCUGAAAAGACCCCUCAGCAGCUGUUGGAAGAAAUUGCUGCAAAAAAAGAAGAGGAGGCCAACACCAAACCUAAAGGAAAAGAGGAAAAGAAGGAAAAGGGGAAAAGGGAUAGGAAGAAGGAAGACAAGGAGGUAGAGGAGGCAGGGUUGAAGAUGCUGCCCUCUGCUUUUCUGUCAGACCUGGAUGCUAGAAACAAAGCCUAUGCAGACGUUUGGCACAAUCGCAAUGAGGAUGGAAACUUCAUCCAAAUGCACGACAUGGAGCUGAUCAAGGAAGAGCAGAGGAAAGUCAUUGAAAUGGAAAUUCGAGCGAAGGUUGAUGUGCAGAUGAGACAAGAACUGGCUGAAUGGAAGCUCGCUGUGGAUAAAGACAAAGGUGGUAAAAUGAAAGCAAAUGCCAAGAAGAAGAAAGGAUCUAAGAGUGGAACAAAGAAGAAAGGAUCUAAGAGUGGAACGAAGAAGAAAAAAGAAAAAGAUCUGACAGCUGACCGGACUCUGGAGUCUCUGUGUCAGGAGCUAGUGGAACAGGGCUUGCUGAAACAGGCAAAUAACAUAAGGCUGAAGGAUUACUUGGGUGACUUUAACUACCUGGGGACCACGCUGCGGCAAAAUGACAUUGAGCCCAUGCCAUCGCUGUCAGAUGUGCGACAAGUUAUAGCUCUAUAUGCGGUUCUGCCAUUAGGUUCUCAGGAGGUACAUGAGAAGGCUCCGCUGAUAAAGUCAAUCCUACUGGUAGGGCCCACAGGUGUAGGUAAAAAGAUGCUGGUCCAUGCAGUUUGCCAUGAGACAGGUGCCUGCCUGUUUGAUCUGUCUCCCCUGAACACAGCUGGAAAGUACCCAGGCAAGAGUGGCCUUGCCAUGAUGCUUCACAUGGUGUUUAAGGUUGCGAGACUGAUGCAGCCUUCAGUAAUAUGGAUCGAAGAUGCAGAGAAAAUGUUUUACAAGAAAAUCCCCAAGGAAGAAAAAGAGUUGGACCCCAAGCGGUUGAAGAAAGAUUUGCCCAAGUUCCUCAAGCUGAUCAAAGGGGAGGAUCGUAUACUGAUAAUAGGAACAACUAGAGAUCCGCAAUGUGCUGAGAUUAAGUCGCUGUGUAAAAUGUUCAACAAAAUCAUCCUCAUUCCAAGACCUGACUACGGCUCAAGAUACAUCUUGUGGAAGCAGCUGAUCCAAAAACAUGGAGGUGAAGUAACCAAGGCCUUGGACCUCAGCUCUCUUGCAAAGAUUUCUGAUGGCUACGCUUCAGGUCACAUAGUCCAAGCGAUUCAGAGUGUUGUUACCAAACCUCGAGUCAUCCACCAGGCAAAAAGACCGCUGACUGCUGCUGAAUUUGUCACCCCAUUAUCCAAGAUCGACCCAGUGUUCCAGGAAGAGGAGGAGGCCCUGAAAAGCUGGUAUGCAAAGACCCCCCUGGGAAAGAAAAGAAUUAAAGCUGCCUCAGGAAAGGAAGAAGAAGAAGAAGAACCAGCUAAAGGCAAAAGUGCAAAGAAAAAAGGGAAAAAAUAAACCUCUUUUCAUUGUUGUAACUUUUACUGUAGCAUAUGUGUGGGUUAACCUUCAAUGAGGUUAGCACUGUCCUAUUUACUCACUAAAUUAAUAAAAAUUGAAUAAGAUGUAGUCACUUUGGAUUUGCAGUGUGCUUUAAUGAUUGUCCAUCUCCCUUAUACAUUUUCCAAAACUGUGGGAUACUGUGUAAAAUAUACAUGAAAGCAGAAUUCAGCACUUUUCAAAUCAUUUUCAUCCUACAUUUGAUUGAAUAUAGUACAAGGUCACUGUUUUAUCUGUUUUACUGGUGGAAAAACUCCUGUGGCUAUAGUUGUCAGACUGAAUGCUGUGCUGUAAUUAGACAUGCCAAGACAGUGCUCAUUCAAAGGACGUCUAAUGUUAUUCUACUGUAUGGCUGUGGCUUCCUAGCUAUAGCACAUAGUUAUGAGUAUUAGGGAUGUGUCUGACAAAAAUAGCGCACUUUCAUUAAGGUGUUGCGCACAAGGCCUAAGUAAAAUUCAUUUUUAGGUCACCUAGAUUAUUAUCUUGGGCACCUUUGUAAAUAAAGGUUGCUGGGAAUUUCUACAUUAUAUUCCUUUGUUGUUGCCUCUUUCUGGUGUAGAGAGUCUGGCUCAGAAGAAAUGUCAAACACAUGAGGGGGAGUGUUUCCAAACAUGAUCCAGAGGCUUAGAUGGAGGGUUCAGCUGUUUUGUCAAGUUCUAAAUUCCCUCAACAGAUCUUCGCAUUGACUUAGUUCCUUUACCGUGACUCUAUUUUUACAGUUUGUGCACUGUUCACGAAGGUCCGCAUUUCAAUAUAUAAAGCCGAUCUGUUGGCCGUCUUCACAGUCUUUUGUGACUGUGAAGAUGAAAGAUGAAAACCAUCUUGAAAAACAAUGUAGCAAAAUCCUGUCUAGAAAUUACAGUCAGAAAUACAGUCAUUGAAGUAUUUUAUGUUCCCAAACUGAUUUGACAUUUUACCUCUGAAAGCAUUGUAAUAAAUGAGCUGCUGGAAACCUGUAAAUUGACACUGGCUUCUGUGGACCACCAUUCUCCUUCUCAGUGAUGACAGGUUGUUUUUUGUGCCCCAGCGGGACUCCACAGAGAUAAUCUCUGCCGAUACAGUUUCACUGGACUGGGCUCAGUGGCACAUGGACCUGUCUGUCAAAUUGAAGUUUGCACAAUGGUGGCUGGCACUGGCUUUGUUCUUUGUUGAUGAGGGAUUCCAACAAAUUUAAACUGUGUAAAAAAAUGUGAAUACAAUAUGGCAAGCUUUUGACCAUCUCUGUGUAAUGUUUCCUAUAUUUGGUUUUUGCAGCAUAUUGAGCUUUUGAGAGAGGGUACACACCACCUUGCUGCCUAUUCUGGUCAGAAAAUGAUGUCAGUUGUAGAUCAGGUGUUCAGGAGACAAUUUGCGUGUCUCUGUGUAUGUGUGUGUUUAAAGAGAAGCCCAUUCAUAAAGGUUGAUAGGUCUGACCACACUAGUUAUGACCAACAGAAAUGUAAACUUGUAUAUAGUUACAUCUUUCAGGACUGACAGUGGAGAUCCAUACUUCAGUGUCUCUGUUUCUAACAGGUUUAGAUGUGGGUCAUUGUUGUACAUAGCAGUUGAUUAAAUGUCAUUUUGAUCUCAUUGUGUAAAAAAACCCAUAAAAAUGCUGCAGACCUACUUUCUUAUGAUAUACAAAGGUAGCUUCAAAUUAAGGUGAAUCUACUUUUUACUGCCAUAUUUUUAAGCUGGUCAAUCUCUCAUUGAUGCACAGUGGAAAACCAUCAGAGAUUCUAAGCCC